AUGGGGCCCCCUCAUCUUUCCCAUCCCAGUGCUGAGAUGUCUGAAAAAACAAGAGAAAAGAAAAUAGCUUCAGGAAAGAAACUCCUUCAAGAGUAUCAGCAGAGAAAUUGUCCUGACAGGCUUGCAGUUUCCAAGAGGAAGAAGAAAACCAAAAAGGGAGAUAUCCCCAAGACGAACACCACAGGGGACUGUCAUUCAACUGAUGGUGUAGCCAGAGAUCACACUAACUCGGAGCCUUUGGACACAAUGACAGCUGUCACAGUCCAGACUGUCCCGGGUCCCAAUGACACCAAGGAUCUAGAAAGGCGCUACCAACACCUGAUGCUUGCCCUGGACUCCAGCAGAAUACGCAACCAGCAGCUGUGGAGUGUGAUUGAACAACUAAAGCAGGAAAGGAAAGAGCUCCAGGAUCAACAGGGCAAAGAGAAUGAGAAGAUGGCCUGUAUUGUGGAAGCACAGAAGAUAGAUCUGGAGCUCCACAAAUUAUCAAUUCAGAUGUUGGUUUCAGAAAAUUCUGAUUUCCAAUCUGCCCUGGCCCACGUGCAGCAGCUGGCCAAUGAAAGAGAAGCGGAGCAUGCCGAUCGUGCCAGCCGCCUGCAAGCUUCGCAGCAACGCGUGGAGGAGCUAGAGAGGACACUGUCUGCAGCCUUCACCAUGCAGAAUGAGGCAGAGACGAGCAACCUCGAGCUCACCAACACCCUGAAUAACCUGAAGCUGCAGCUCCAGGACAAGAUCAGAAGCUACGAUAACCUGGAGGCAGAGAACACUAAGCUGCAGGAGAGGCUGGACGUGCUCCUGACGCAGAAGGCCGACACGGAGAUCAAAAGUCCUGAGUUACAAGUACUGGAAGAGCGGGCAGAGUUGGAAAGACAACUAGACAGCAUGAAAGCGUUGGUGGCAACAUUAACGGUGGAGAGAGACACCUUUGCGGAGGACCUGAGGGUAGAGCGCUCCAGGUGGGAUGAGAAGGCCCAGCAGCUGUUGGCGCAGAACAGCCAAUUGACAGAGGAGAAAGAGCAAGGGGCGAGGCAGGUGUUGGAGCUGGAGAGCAACGUGAUGGCGCUGAGAAAGCAGCUGGCAGAGCAGCAGGCCCAGGCCUUCCAGUUGCAGAAGGAGCUCAAGAACCUGGAAGAACAACAUCACAUCCAGAUACAGGAAACCCAGAGCCUUCGUUUCCAGAACCUGGAGCAGCAGGAGAGGCUGAGGAUAUUGGAGAAGAAGGCCGAGGCAUGGGAGCAGCAAGCUGAGGAUCGACGCAAGAGCUUUGAGACCAUGGAAAAGGAACGUGAGACCGUGCGAUGCACACUGGUGCACAACCAAGAACUGAAACACCAGCUGGCCCAGCUGCGGGACGCCUUCCACAGGCUGAGUGAAGACAAGGAGGCGCUCGCCAGCAUCCUGCACUCGGAGCAGCAGGACAAGAAACAGCUGCAGGAAAAGCUGGACCAGCUGGAGAAGAAGUCAACACAAUGGAAAGAGAUCGCUGACUCAAAGAGCCAAGCAGCUCAGAAUUUGCAGGAGCUGCAUGACCAGUACCUAGAGCAGCUGCGGGAGCUCAGAGCCGCCUGUGACCGGCACGUGGCCUCCCAUCAGCAGCUGACGUCCGAGAAGGAGGCCUUGCGGCAGCACCUGCUGAAGCAGACCCAGCUGCUGGAGCAGCUGCAGCAGGAGCAGGUGCAGACCAAGUCAGAGGACCAAAUGGGACCUCAAAAGUUGCCGGACACAUUGAAGUACCUAGAAGCACCAAGGCAGGAGAAUGAGCAGCUUCAGGCCCAGCUGAGCGGCCUGGCUCUCCCGAGGGAAGGUCAAGGAAUAAGCCUAAGAGAAGAAAAGGCCCAGUGCCAGACCAAGCUGGAGCAUCAGGCCAUCUUCCCCAAGAGCUGGAGCCAUGGCGUGUCUGGAGACAGGAAGCAGAAUGCACACAUACCAAAGAUCAAGCUGAAACUCCAUUUCACCCACAACCUGCCUGACAAGGUGGACUACCAGAGUCAAGUGGACGGCCUCCACCAUCAGUGUGACCAGCUGUCCAAACACAUCAGUGCCAUCCAAGAGUCUAUAGUUUUCUACAAAGAACAGAUGGACGUUCUUGAUGAGAUGUAUCAGGAGAAAGACCAGUGUGUCACCCAGCUGUCCCAGGAGGUGAGUGAAAAGAAGAAGCAGCUGCAGGAGCUGCUACUGCACCUUGCAGGUGAAGGCACGGAGGGUCAGGACAAGAUGCCGGCAGCCAUCCACACCCUCGCUGCUGAGGGCCCCUCAGACCUGUUGCGCCCCACAAAGGUGGAAGUUAUGGAGGAGCAGGAGCAAGGUUUUGAAGACAUUCCACUUGAAGACAGUCUGGCACCUGCCCCAGGAGAGGCUGGGGUGUUUUGCCCCAUGCUGAAGCCCACCACAGAGCAGAUCAUGCCACUGUUGCCUGGUAUCCAGCCCCACCAAGAGCCUGCAGGCCUGGGCAAUGAGCCCUCCUUCCCAUUCUUCUCGAGACUCAUGCAAAUGAUGAGUUUGGGACAGUGA